AUAACUCCUGGGUAACGUACCUUUAUCUCAAAAAGUCCCAAUCAUUAAAUACUUAGCUGAAAUUCUUGAGAGCAAUCAAUGAAAUCCUCCAGUGUACUCAAUGAGAUGUGUUUAGAGUGUGUGAUAUUAAUAAACCUUAGGGUUUGUGAGUGAAAAUUGUUUAGUUAAUCCGGCGAUGGCGCCGUGACCGACCCGCGUCGGCAAUGGCGCGCUAUCGAUGGACGUUAGCUCUAAUUUUAAUUUGUCUAACUGUUCUAGCGACAGUGAUAACCGCAUUCCGUAUCCGCGAUUUACCUAAAUCUGCUCAUGAAACCAAUAAACCGGAAUUAAGAACGCGAAAGUGUGAGAACUGUGAAGUGAAUGAGCCUAAAGUUGGCUCCAAACUGCAUAGUGUUAAUAGCGAAAGUGAAAAGCGGUCAUACGACGAAGUGAAGAAGGCAGUUCGAGAGAAGCAACAAAUAAUAAACCAAAAGAAAAUUGAAAGUAAAGCUACUUUAAAGGUCAAGGACGAGAGUGAAGUAUAUAAAAACGAUGACGUGGAUUUAUUAAGAAAAACUGGUUUCAAGAGCCAAUCGCAAUUAAAAUUUGAGCAAUCAGGUAAACCCGAAAGUAAGAUAUUAGAAAAUAUUAAAAAGCCCUUAACCAAAGAUAUUGAUAACUCCGACAAUGAUGACGACGAUGACGAUUCCGAUGACAAUACCGGAGACACUAAAGAUAACACAAGGAAUAUUAACAGAAAAACAAAUAAUGUUAAAGUAGAUUCUAAACAUGUAUUUAAAGAAACAAAAAUAAUUAAACCCGCACUGAAUGUAAAAGAAAGAGCUACAAACGAUGAUGAUGGUGAUGAUGACGAUGACGAUGACGACGAUGAUGACGAUGACGAUAAUGAUCACGAUGACGAUGACGAUGAUGACGACGAUGAUGAUGGUGAAGAAGGAAUUAAGAUUUCUAUAACUAAAAAAAUUAUUACAAAGGUCCCAGAGAAAAGUGGACCUAAACCAAAAGAUGUUCGAAUAACAAAGGAUACUAAAGAUAAACCUAAUGAAAAAAGUCAAACAAAUGAGCUUAAAACAAAAGCAACUACGAACGAUGAUAAAAUAAAAGCGGUUGAAAAAUCAGAUCGCAUAAAAAACGAGAAAAAAAAGUCAGACAUUAAAGCUAAGGAAGGUGAACAUAAUCCUGCACAAAAAAAGGAAACAGAGAAAGUCAAACCUAUGCAAAAAGAAGAAUCAAAAGCAAUAGAUGAUAAAUCGCAAAAAGAAAAUGUUAAGCAACAAAAAGAAUUGCCUAAAGAUACGGUGAAACUGAAGAGUCCUGAUGAAAAAAAGUCACCGAAAAAAGAAGAUAAUGAUGAUUCUAGGAAAAAUAAGGAAUCAAGUCAACAAUCAAAUAAAAAAGACGACAAAACUAAAGAAACAUUAAAACUAACUGAAACUAAAAAAUCCAAAAACGAUAUGGAUAAAAAAGAAAACCAGGAAAAGCCUCAAGCAAAAUCCAAAGAAACUGCUUAUAAAAGCAAAGAAGUGCCUUCAAAGAGUGACAGUAGUUUAAAACAAGUUACAGAUGCCUUGCAACGGCGUAAUUUACUUCAAAGUGAAUUUGAAGACUUCUAUGCGUUCUUUCCAACGUUUGCACCCAAUUUCUCCCGUAUACAUAAUUCAGAAUGCCGUCGUCAAGGACAAAUACUUUUGAGACAAUUACGUGGAACAAAGUUAUGGGCUUUGAAUAUGCUCGACGCAACUGCGAAGAUCCCCUCGGGAUUGCUUCAAGGUAAUGGGAUCCAACUGGGAGACUUCGACCAGUGUUUGGGAAGCCGCGCACGAGUUCAGUUGGAGACUGGCAGCGUUGUCAAAGUGCAAGGGAAGUACUGUUUGGCUCGAUUGGAUUUGAAAGCAGAACAUCGCGAACUGGAGGUGCCCGUCCAUUUGGCUCAGGCCAAGAACCUGUUCAAGAGUAGGAUCGAUGAUCCAGGUCACUUUGUGCCGCGUUUUUCAACGCUAAGUUGGGGCAUCUGCGUGCCCUCCGCCUGCAAUCCGCAGGAUGUUGAAGUGGUGGUCAAAGAUGCCCUCAUGCACUAUCAGCACGUCAGUGGAUUGGUCAUACGGGUUAAAGUGGACAGCAGGGACUGUCAAACGACGACAGGAAAUGAAUGGUGGGAAGAAUGGAUGCAGCUUCCAACACUUUUAACAUUAGCCUUCUAUGCUGUCAUUAUUCUAUUAGUAUUUCUGGCGACAGUUCAAGAUUUCUUUGCUAGGAGACAAUCUGAAGACACUGAUAAUCCAGAGGAAUCGACUGAGGUAAAAGAGAUGAAAGACAAUGAAAAAGAGAAAGAAUCAAGCAAACGACCAGAUGGUUUCGUCAGUGCCUUCUCUCUGUACCGCACUGUUGACAAGUUGAUUGCGCCCGGAACUGCAGAUGAGAUCUCCUGCAUCCACGGCAUCAGGGGAUUGGCCACUAUUGCUCUACUGCUUGCACACAAGUUCUUGCCUUUAGCUGUUACGCCAUACACAAACCGUGUGAAGAUUGCUGAGACAGUAAGCUCUGCCAUUUGGUCAUGGUGCCGAGCUGGUUGGAUGUACACGGACUGCUUCCUACUCCUCAGCGGAGCGCUGAUGGCACACCGUUUCACCAGCGCUAGUGCUCCUAGAAAACUCCUGUCUAGAUAUCUCAGACUUUCACCAGCUCUGCUAGCUGUCGUUCUGUUCUAUGCUUAUAUUUGGGAUAACAUCUCCGAGGGACCUAUGUGGGGUACAUUUGUGACGAAGAACGCCGAGGUCUGUCAACAGGGCUGGUGGUGGAAUCUACUAUAUGUCCAGAACUAUUUCGGCUUUGAGGAUAUGUGUGCACCACAAACGCACCAAUUAGCACUGGACAUGCAGCUUACUAUACUUGGCGGGAUUGUAGUUUGCGGCAUACAAGCCAAUGAAGGAAUCUCUAGAUUCGUACUGCCGAUAUUUCACGCAGUCUCCGCAUAUUCAAGAUACACAACUGUUCGUGAUCAUCGCCUCACCAUGCUGGCUUACCAGGGAGCCAGUGUCAGCCAGUUGUAUAGAACAGCUCGGCUGAGUUAUACUUCCACGUUCCAUCGAUCCACGCCAUACUUGAUAGGAAUCAGUUUGGGACUCGCAUUGAAGAAAACUGCUUCACAUGGAAAGAUUUUCCUGACGCUGGGAUGGCUUUUAAGCUCCACAUUAUGGGGUUUGGUGCUAUGGGCUGGCAUGGAUUCAGGGUACCCUCAAUAUCGGUACAAUGUGACCUUUGCAGCCCAGUAUGCGUCAUUAGCCCCAAUAGCAUCAGCCGUGUCUAUAGCUUGGGUUAUCUACGUGGUGCAUAGCGGAAAUUGCAAUUCCUUGGUUGGUUUCCUUUGCUGCCGGCCCUUGGUUCUGAUCAGCCGUCUGUCGUAUGCCCUCUAUUUAUGCCAGUUUAUUGUUUUUCUGACGAACGCAGGCACUGUCAGAACUUCAUCGGAGUUCACCUUGAUAUCACUGAUUGACUUCCAAGAAAUAUCAGGUAUAAUACUAACAUCAAUUAUUUUAACAUUAACAUUUAUUACUCCCAUGCAGUCACUGCAAAAAAUAUCUUUUUGGCCUGAAACAGAAAAGAAAGAGGCCCAAAAUUUAGAUAACAUAGAACCAAUAGUGGAAGAGAUAGAUGUAAAACAGGAAGAUGAAAUAUCAGAGAUCAAACAUGAGGAAAAAAUAGAACUACCGAUAAUUAGAAGCAGACAACAUCUUGUAGCUCACAGAGAAGUAUUAGAAGAAAUACCAGAAGUCGAAGUGGAAUAUGAAAUUCAACGAGAAAAAAUAGAGGCACUAGAGGAGAUUUUAGAAGAGGAAGAGGACGAAGUUGAUGAAGAAAUGGACAAUAACGACGAGGAUGACGAUUUAGAAAUAAUCGAGGAAGAACCAGCUGGAGAAGAAUUAUGGGAGGAAAGAGACUAUUCUGCAGGAAGAUCGCAGUCGAGAAAUGAUGACCAAGAUAUUGAUGAAUGGGAGUGGACAGCUAAUGGCAGUGAUCGAAACGGAGCUCAAUAUUAUCGUUACAGCAGGUAACGAUACAUAUCUUUUAAAUUAAAUUAAAC